CCACAGAAGAAGAAGAAGCUGUCUUCAGCUCGGAUCGAUGCAGCGGACUCUCAGACCGGCGUCCCUGCGUCAUGGUCCUCGACAUAAUUGAGACGUUGUGCAUCACCGUUUACUGCAUCAUCACCCUGGUCGUCGGCGUAUGGGCGGGACGCAAAUUGCACCUGGGCGCGCGCCGGAUUUCGGCGCCACCCGCCCAGAAGGGCGGCGGGCAUCCGGCGAACGAGGGCGAGUACUUCCUGCUGCGAUACUUCAUCUACGACCGCCAGAUGUCACUGCUGCUGGGAGUAUUCUCCAUGACAGUGACCUGGGUUGGCCGCGGGCUGCUGAUCGGCGCAGCGGAGACAGUCUACAAGUACGGCAUAGUACGGUGCCAAGCUCCUUUCGGCUACGCGCUAAGCCUCUUGGUCGGUGGCAGCCUGUUCGCAUCCAAGAUUCGCUCGACGAACGCGCUGACCAUGAUGGACCCCUUCCAGCGCAGAUACGGCCAUGUCGUGUGCUUCAUGCUCACGCUGCCGGCCAUGUGCGGCGAGGUCAUCUGGUCGGCAGCCCUCCUGGCCUCACUCGGCUCGUCGAUGCGCGUGAUCCUGGAGGUGAACAUGUACGUGGCGAUCGUCAUCUCCGCGAUGUUCACCUUCUUAUACACUGCACUGGGCGGACUUUACUCAGUGGCCUCUACGGACGUCGUGCACGUCGUAGUCAUCGGGCUCGGACUGGCGCUGUGCGUGCCUUACUGCAUCACCAACAAGGCCGUCGGUGCAGUUCCGUUGCCCGAGGGCGACUGGGUAGGCUCAAUCAGCGUGGACCAUGCAAACUCCAUCAUCGACGAAUUUGCCACCACUGCGCUAGGGGGCAUCCCUUGGCAGGUGUACUUCAAAUUCAUGCUGGCCUGUAGGAGCGAUUUCGAGGCGCAACUGGUUUCCUUCUUGUCCGCGCUCGGCUGCCUCUUAUUGGCCUGCCCGUCCAUGAUCAUCGGCGCCGUGGCCAAGACUACAAACUUCACGGCCGCCGGCUACACCGGGGGUCACGUGCUUCGCGAAUCCGAGCAGGCCGACGUCUUGCCGUACAGCUUACACUACCUGGUGCCUGUCUACGCGGCGGCCAUGGGCCUCGCGGCCAUCGCGUCCUCCGUCUUUUCGUCGGUCGAUGCGUCGGCGCUCAGCGCAGCCUCGCUCUUCGCCAGGAACAUCUACUUUAACUUCCUGAGGCCUAACGCGAGCUCGGAGGAGAUGGCGGCGGCUGCUCGCAUGAGCGUGUGCCUUUUGGGUGCGGUGACCGCGGCCAUGGCGCUAGACGCGCAAUCCGUCUACAUAAUGCGGAGCCUCUGCGCCGACAUCAUCUACGUGCUGCUCUUCCCGCAGCUCCUCUGUCUCUUCUACCUGGCAGAGCUGACAAACACCUACGGUGUACUUGCCGGCUUCCUGGUCGGACUCCUGACGCGUACGUUGUGCGGCGAGCCGCUCAUCAACGUGCCGGUGAUAAUCAGUCCGCCGCUGUAUCGCACGUUCUGUAUGGUCGCUAGCUUGAGCUGCACCGUGGGCGUCUCGUACGCCUACCAGACAUUGUUCGCGCGUCGCCUGCUGGCGGACUUCUUGGGCUGCUUCGUGGUGGUCGGCCAGGACGAUCGCGGCCGGUACCUGGUGCGCAGCGGCCUGGGCUCCGUCUCGGAGCCCCUGCCGUCGAGAGGUGCAGCCGCCGCCACCAAAGCCGAUUCGCCGGCCAGAACAGUUGCUCCCGACUCCAACAGCAAGGAGCCCAGACCCGACGCCGGGACACCAGUGCCGCCAACUAACUCGACCGGGCGCCCCGGCUCCGGACCACGCGCGGACUGCGCGACGCCAGCCGUGGCAGCCGAGGCCGCGUUGUCGCAAACGCCACGAGCCUCGACUAUUGUCACCCCCCGAGGCUCCGCGGCUGUGCCGAGCGUGGUGACACCGGGUCCGUACGCCUUCCUCACCGGGCUGGCGGAGUCCGCCAAGCAGCACACCUCGAGGGUCGCGGCGAUGGUCGGCGCCUAUGAUCAGCACCAAGGAUUGGACAGCGCCGCAGAAACGAUCAGCGAUACCAGCAAAUUGACCAACGUAACAGCUGAUCCCGAACCGCGCAAAACCUUCGCGUUUACGCCGAAGCAGCCCAAAGCCGACAGAAGCCGUUCGGCCAGUUCGCUUAAGAAAGGCACACGGCUGCGACGCCCUUCCAGUAGGUCCUCGUCGUCGACCUCGACCAAGUCCAAAAGUCAGAAGCAAAAGGCGUGAUGGCGGACUUCGAAAUCCCGAAUAAUAGGCCACGGUGGACAAAAAGCUUCUUGAAGGGCCACCGUGUGCGUGUGUGUGAUUUGUACAUAGUCUGCUUUGUAAACUGUGCUUUCUUAUCCUGCUUCAUAUUGUUUUGCAUAGUGUCCUCCAGCCCUGCGGCAUAUGUACUUUUCUCACGAGUGCAUCUGCUUCUUUAAUGUAAAACGCCAUAAGACAGCCAGAAAUUGACAGGCUAGAUUGUAAAUUUCGCUUUCCAAGUUUACGGCGCUUAAGUGCCAUAUUCUCCAAUAUAUUUGAUGUGCAGGCACUCAUAUAAAUCAAACCUAUCACUGGCUAAAUGUGGACUGAUGUUGAAUAGUCCCGAAGGACUGCAGCAGUCGCCAAACACGCACCGUUACAUCUUUCAACUAAAGUCACUGAACAUGAAUUAUUGUGCUGCCGAAACUCGCUCGAUACCGAAGCCCACAGCUCAAUUUUCGCUUGCCCGUUAUAGUUCGUGGGUGCGACAGUGUAUGACCUACUGUGUGUUUACUGAGUUUAAGAACAAUCAAUGUAUAAACAAAAUAGGUUUUUCAAAUAUGUUUUAGA